GUGUGUGUCCUGGCCUCUGAUUGGCUGACGGUGGGGAGUGGGCGGGCAGGUUGAGCGUCUGAAAGCGUCACUCAGUCUCAGAUCAGGACAGAGAGACACUGAUCUCCUCACUGCUCUCUCCAUCAUCCCUCCAUCUUCUUCCUCCUCCUCCUCUUCCUCCGUCCAGAACUCUCUCUCUCUCUCUCUCUCUCUCUCCCUCUCUCCAUCUCCCCUCUUCUCCUCCUUCUGUCUUCUCUCCUCCACCCCUCAGACAGACACACAGACGGGGUAACUCUUGGCCUUCAUCACCACCAUCAUCAUCCUCAGAGGAACUCGGACAGGGAGCCCCCUGACCCUCGCCCCGCCGGGUCACCAUGGCAACGGUCAUCUGCACUCGUUUCACCGAGGAGUAUCAGCUGUACGAGGAGCUGGGCAAGGGAGCGUUUUCAGUGGUGCGGCGCUGUGUGAAGGUGCUGUCAGGUCAGGAGUACGCUGCCAAGAUCAUCAACACCAAGAAACUGUCGGCCAGAGAUCAUCAGAAGUUGGACCGUGAAGCUCGAAUCUGUCGUUUACUGAAACAUCCCAACAUCGUUCGGCUUCAUGACAGUAUCUCAGAGGAGGCCCAUCAUUACCUCAUCUUUGACCUGGUCACAGGCGGCGAGCUGUUUGAAGACAUUGUAGCCAGAGAAUAUUACAGUGAAGCUGAUGCCAGUCACUGUAUCCAGCAGAUUUUGGAGGCGGUGCUCCACUGUCACCAGAUGGGUGUGGUCCACCGAGACCUGAAGCCAGAGAACCUGCUGCUGGCCUCCAAGUCUAAAGGAGCGGCGGUGAAACUGGCCGACUUCGGCCUCGCUAUCGAGGUGGAGGGAGACCAGCAGGCCUGGUUCGGCUUUGCGGGGACUCCAGGUUACCUGUCUCCAGAGGUUUUAAGGAAGGACCCGUACGGGAAGGCAGUCGACCUCUGGGCCUGUGGUGUGAUUCUCUACAUCCUAUUGGUCGGUUAUCCUCCAUUCUGGGAUGAAGAUCAACAUCGUCUCUACCAGCAGAUCAAAGCUGGAGCUUAUGAUUUUCCUUCCCCAGAGUGGGACACAGUGACUCCUGAAGCCAAAGACCUCAUUAAUAAGAUGUUGACCAUCAACCCGGCCAAAAGGAUCACAGCUGCUGAGGCUCUGAAACACCCCUGGAUCUCUCAUCGCUCCACGGUGGCGUCUUGUAUGCACAGACAGGAAACGGUCGAGUGUCUGAAGAAGUUCAACGCCAGGAGGAAACUCAAGGGAGCCAUCUUGACCACCAUGUUGGCGACCAGAAACUUCUCCGGAGGAAAGAGCGGCAGCAACAAGAAGGCCGACGGAGUCAAGGAAUCGUCUGAGAGCACGAACACAACCAUAGAGGAUGAAGAUACCAGAGGGAGGAAACAGGACAUCAUUAAAGUCACGGAGCAGCUCAUCGAGGCAAUCAGCAACGGAGACUUUGAGAGCUACACUAAAAUGUGUGAUCCGGCUGUGACGGCGUUUGAACCUGAGGCGUUGGGGAAUCUGGUCGAAGGCCUCGACUUCCACCGCUUUUAUUUUGAAAACUUGUGGUCCAAGAACAGUAAACCGGUCCACACCACCAUCCUGAACCCUCACAUCCACCUGGUUGGGGAUGAGGCCGCCUGCAUCGCUUACAUCAGAGUGACGCAGUACAUCGACGCCAACGGGACGCCUCGCACUGCCCAAUCAGAGGAGACCAGGGUGUGGCACCGCCGCGAUGGGAAGUGGCAGAUCGUCCACUUCCACCGCUCAGGCUCCGCCUCCACGCUCAGCAACUAACUUCCAGAGUGGGCGGGUCUUUGAUGGGGCCAUUGUCACCUUGACAACGGAUUGAUUGACAGCAGGCCAGGGCGUCUGACACCAACCAUUCGGGAUUUAGUUUGAGAAGUUUGACAAAAACCAAACGGAGGAGGAGGAGGAGGAGACGAGGGCGGGAGCCUCAAAGCUUCACUCUAACUAGACCAGUAGUGAACUGCAUAAUCAAUCAAUCAAUCAAUCAACCAAUCAGCUUCCUCUUGUCAGCUCGUUUGGACUUUGCUCCAGCCACGCCCCCUUAGUGAUUAGCCAAUCAACUGCAGGUUUUUGACAAUGAGUGGAAACCUCGUAUCUCCAGGUUUGAUCAGCCUCCUGAUCGAUGGGACACCGAUGCCUCCAUCACAACUGAUUAAUCAAUGAUUUUGUUUUAAAGGUUUGAAACAUUGAUUCUGUCCUUCAUCAGUUUAAGUGAUUCAUUAAUUGGCUCCAAUAAAUGAAGCAGAGUUUAAUUUGUUUUCUGCUUCAGUUUGUCGCAGGUGAAACCACUUAAAUAUUAUUUUAAUAAUAAUAAACUUAUUAGUAUGUAUUUUAAAAGACCUUUAUUUUAUGUAAUUUCAGGGGUUUAAGAGGUAAAGUUUAGAUUAAUUAAUGGACAGAUUAUAAAAUACUGAUGGAAUUCAUGUAUCAUUUUUUUUAUUAAUAUCAAUUAAAACUAUGUAGUCCUCAGUUAUCAUGAAUUUGAAUUUUACCUUAAACUUUAAUUUUUCAGUUAAGAUGCAAACUCAUUCUUACUUGGUAAAAGUUACAGUCUCAGAUUAUUAAUUAAUGAAUAAUUAACAAUGCUAAUAUAUUAAAGAGUAGAUCAAGAUGUCCUGAAUUUUCAUCUUAAUUUAAAAAUCAAAGAGGACGGAGCUGAUUUAGAGACGUCAGUGAUUGAAUCUGGAGGUUCUUUAUUCCCUGAUGACUCUUACACAUUUCUAAAACGACAGACUGAGGUUGAGCCCUCGUCUUCUGGGAGAUACGAGAUUUCUACCUGAGAGUUAAGUUGACUCUAUAGAAAUAACAAAAUCAUAUUAUUUAUUACAUACAGAGGCCAGGAGUCGCCAUGGUUACUGAUGAUGAUUUAGAUCUGUUAUCUCUUGAUCAAAUCCGGGGCUGUAAUCGGGAUUCUUCUCCUUUUCAUGGUUUUCAUGGGAAUCUGAAUUAAAAUAAUAACCAAACAUGAUGAUAGGAUUCCUACAGAGACAGAGCUUUUUAUUAAAGAGUCAGAUCCUUUAGUUUAACCAGAAACAUCUCUAUAUAUCUCUACCAGACUCCAUUGAUAAAAACAGGGAUUUAACCAGGAGCUGCUGGAAUACCACUGCCUCCAUCUGUUAGUGUGUCUGUGUUACUGUGUGGUACUUUUACUUCAGUAAAGUAUCUGAUUACUUCUUCCACCACUGACAGUCACACAGUAACACAAAAGCUCUGUCUCUGUAGGAAUCCUAUUGGUCACAUGAUGUUGUCAGACACUUAGAAUAACAACCUGAGUCUGUCAGUUACAAAAACAUUAACUUUAGUGGACAGACUUAAAAUAAGGCCCAGGUUGAAAAUAGAGAAAAUAGAGUAUUGUCCUAAAAGUUGUCAGAUUGUUAAUUUAAUCUGUUGGAAUCAUUUAAAUAUCCAACCAUGUGUGGAUUUUUAAACUGUAAAAAUUUAAUUGAAUCACCACAGAACUACAUCCUGAGACUCUGAUCACACUUUGAUUAGUCAAAUAAAUAAGUUUUAUGUCAACA